AUGCCUUAUUGGGUCUAUGGAGGGUUAGAGUGUGCAGAUGUGCAUGGUCGUGGUUGUAAGCCUAAGGACUAUCGCCUUGUUGGGAGGUUAAGUAUCAAAAUUCCAUGGAAAAAGCUUGGGUGGGAUCCCAUCAUAAUCAUUUUGGAGGAUGUAUUAAUUUGUGCUUGCCAGAGAAAUAACCGAGAGUGGGGUAUGGAUGCUGUUGAAAGAAGAGAAUUCGCUGGAAAAAAGGCCAAACUUGCUGCAGCGGAGCUGGCGAAGUUAUCGAAACGCCUCCCAACAGUUAGUGGUGGUAAGAGGAUGAAGUUUUGUGUUGUCGGCAAAGAGAAUAGUGUUGUUGCAAAUGGCGAUGUUUGUUGCUGUGUUGUAAUCGAGAAUAAUGGCCUUGAACAGGCAGUUAAUAAGUUGAGUGGGGACAAGUAUGAUGUUGCAGAUCUUGACCCUAUACUCCAAAGUCAGGCUUUUGUACUUAAGUGGCCAGAGAUAGUUUCCAGCGACGAUAGGGAAUUCCUGUCAAAGACAGAGAAGAAACUAGCGAUGAGUGCUGCCAUUGCUUAUGGGGUUUAUCAAUUUGAGCUUCUGUUAAACACCGGAAUCAUACCAAACCUUUUUUGA